AUGGACGCGGCGGUUGUACCGUCGGUUUGUGACGGCGCGUUGUAUGCGUCGUACACGUACACUUCGCCGAUUCCCGACGGCUGUGUAAGCAAGGGAUCGGAGCGUAUUUCUUGCGUGCUGGGUGUAGACGAAGCGGGGCGGGGACCCGUGCUCGGGCCGCUCGUCUAUGGAAUCGCGUACUGUCCCGAGCAUGCACAGGAGCAGCUGCACGAGAUUGGGUUUGCAGGUGCGUUGUCCACACAGCUCACAGCAGACUCCAAGACACUCACUGCGGAGAAACGCGAUGGAUUGCUGGCGGCGCUGUUGGAAAACAACGGGACGAUUGGUUGGGCAGUACGGGUGAUGUCGCCGCAGGAUAUCGCCGCAGGCAUGCUACGGAGACGCCCGCAUAAUCUGAAUGCGCAAAGCAGCGACUCUACCGUGCUGCUUAUAAGGGAAAUACUCGACUCGGGCGUUGAUAUCACAAAAAUAUUUGUGGACACGGUCGGCGAGCCGAAUGCGUACGCACGCCUUUUGCGGUCCCAUUUCCCGCGGCACCCGCAUAUCGAGUGGACUGUGACGCGCAAGGCAGAUGCUAUAUAUCCUGUUGUUGGCGCUGCGAGUAUUGCGGCAAAGGUCACGCGCGAUCGGUGCCUGGAAAACUGGACGUACGCCGAGCCGAGCUUGCCGAGUCUACCCGAGCUGGGCGUGCCGGGAGACAAGCGCAAGCGUGCAGAAGACAGCGAUGCUUGGGAGACCGGUAGCGGCUACCCCGGCGACCCACGCACCGUGCAGUACUUGCACCAGACACUCGACCCGCUCUUUGGCUGGGCAGGAAUUGUGCGCUUUAGUUGGGCCACGGCCAAGACACUGCUGGAGGCGCGUGCGAGCGGCGGCGGCGAAGACGAUGCGCUGCGCACCUCGCUCGCGGGCACGCCCUUGCCGGCAUCCUCGCGAGCCUACUCGGUGCGCUGGAUCGACGAGCCCGCAACACUCACACACUUUUUUUCCAAAGGCGCAGUGCCGCAAAGCACACACGCACACAGCGACGCACUGCAAAAGGACCGCGCCGCCUCGCAAAAGCAUCGGCAUGCGAUAUGGCGCGAUCUGGCACUCGGUACGGCAUGCGCCGCAGAUUUGUUCAUGUAG